AUGAAGUUUUCUACACUUUUUGCUACUUUCUCCGCCGCCGCUUCCCAGGAUGUGCGAGGAAUCAAGCCGCCAGGACGACUUGAAAAGACGCAGAACAACUUCAAGCUGUGGCUAUCCCAAAACAUCGUCGACCAAGCCGCCGUCCAAAGAUGGUCUGAUCGAGUGGACAAAAUGGCCGCCAACAUGCUCAGUGCUUACGGCCGAGCAAACUGUGGUUUCUACGACUCUUCUUUGACCAACGGUGGUCCAGACCCAAACCCAGAUCUUCGACCCAACGGCAAGCCAAGAAAGACCUUCGAGCGAAAACGACGAGAAGUUGAGGACGAGGAUCUCCGAUUCGACGAGACCAAUCCUCUCAAGGGACUGACCCAGAUCACCAAGCAAUUCCGAGUCUGGUCCGAGCGACACAUCAACGAAUGCGGCGGUCAGCGACGAUUCAACCACAUCGCUCGACGAAUGGACAAAUUUGUCAGCAAGCUCGGAACUCGAUGGGAAAAUCAAGCCUAA